AUGGUGGUGGUGGUGGCGGCACUGCAGCGGGGCAGUGUACGCGGAGAGAGUGGGGAAGAAGGUGGUUUGGUGAGGAACACUCUAAUGAUGAAAUGUGUCAUAAUUGUGGCAAGUCAAGGUGGAAAGUUUUUGAUUCAGAAACUGAGGGCAAUGCAAGAUAGCUUUGAUAAAAGAUACCCAACAUUUUCUGGUGAUCCUCGGAAUGUCAGGCUUGUAUUAGCAACUGAUGGGUUCAACUCAUUCAAGACCAUGAAUGUUGCACACAGUACAUGGCCUGUUUUGAUACUCGUGUAUAACUUACCCUCAUGGAUGUGCAUGAAACAGCCUUAUUUUAUUCUAUCAACCUUGAUACCUGACCCUAAGGGACCUGGAAAUGAUAUUGAUGUCUAUUUGCAGCCUUUGAUAGAGGAAUUAAAAGAGUUAUGGAUUGAUAGGGUGGAAACUUAUGAUGCUUCAAGAAAUGAGAUGUUCCGUAUGCAUGCAGCAUUAUUCUGGACUCUUUUUGACUUUCCUGGUUAUGCAAUGGUAUCCGGUUGGAGUACAAAAGGGUAUUUGGCUUGUCCUACUUGUAACAAAGACACUUGCUCUCAUUUCUUAGAUCAUAGCAAGAAAAUAUGUUAUGAUGGGCAUCAUUGUUUUCUUGAAAAAGAUCAUAAAUAUAGGCGUUGUAAAUCAGCAUUUGACGGCAUUGAAGAGAAAGGGAAUGAUGGAUUAAAAGCAAGACUUGACCUACAGGAUAUGGGAGUAAGGCCUUCACUUCACCCACAAGAGCGUGGUUCAAACAAAUUUUAUUUGCCUCCUGCAAAUUUCACGCUAUCUUCACUUGAAAAGAGCAUAUUAUGUCGAGUGUUGAACAAUGUUAAAGUUCCAGAUGGGUACCUUAUGGCUUUGAAAAAUUACGUGCGAAAUAGAGGUCAUCUCGAGUGUUCAAUAGCAGAAGGUUAUUUAGCGGAAGAAUGCUUAACUUUUUGUUCAUGUUAUCUGACAAAUAUUGAGACGAGAUUCGAUAGGCCCCAAAGGAAUUCCGAUAAUGUGCUUAAUGGAGAGGAAAUGAAUGAUUUUGGUGCACAAGGCCGUGCCUUAGGAAAACAAGAGUUCAUUAAUCUAGAUGAGAUGACUUUGGUAAAACAUAAGAGAUUUCUUAAAAUGAGGCAGCGCUAUUUAAAACCACGACAAUUACAGAAGAUUUCUCAUAAUUUAUUUCACAAAUGGUUUAAUGAACGUUUGCGAGAUAGUGAGGAUCCAAUUCCUAAUGAGCUGAGGUGGCUAGCACCAGGUCCAAACCCUGUCACGAAAUGGUUUAAGAAAUUUAUGAUCAAUGGUUUGAAGUUUCAUGUUAGAGAUGUUGAGAGACGGAGAAAGACUCAGAACAGUGGAGUUGUCAUAAAGGCAGUGACAUCUAGUUAUACAAGAGCCACCAAUCAAAAUCCCGUCACAGGAAAUAUUCAGUACUAUGGUGUGCUGACUGAUAUCAUUGAGUUAAAUUACAAUGUAAAUAGAAAGGUGGUACUUUUUAAGUGUGAUUGGUUUGAUGUCUUGUCCAAGGGUAAAGGAAUAAAGGAGGAUGAUUUUCGAUUUAAGCUUGUUAAUUCGUUACGAUCGUUGGGAAUAGAUGAGCCUUUCAUUCUAGCAUCUCAAGCUGAACAAGUAUUCUAUGUUGAUGAUCCCAUUGACAAUGAGUGA